AAAAUGUCUUAUUUUCCUCGCGCCUCAUCUUUCUCCACAGUUACCUAUUCUCGGAAAGCCGCGUGCUCCAGCUCCAGGCUUUUGAACCACCACGAACGGAGUAGUAGGCAGUAGAUCGCGGUGUGCCUGCCGCAGUGAGUCAGUUGGAGUCGGUGCUACCGAUCCCGGUAAUUUCAAGUUCAUUCCGUGUUUGGAUCUCGCGCAAAACGGUCGUAACUACCUUAGUGGUCCGGGUGUGGUGUUAGUCGCGCUGUGCUCUCGCGAGGAAGACGACAAGUGAUCGUGUGAGAAGUCGAAACAUCGUCAAGCCGAGGCUGCCUUUUGUGAAUGAACAACUGACGGGGUAUAGCUGAUGCGGCGAAGAUCACAGCAUAACUGCUGCUAAUUGGAAACGAACGAAAUGAGGCACUUAAGCACUAGAAUGGUGCUGAACCUGAACUACCGGAUAUUGGUGGUGGCGUUUGCUGCGCUUCUUCCACUGGCCCGAGCGCAAGACUACGACGUGACGGACAUCCAGUGCUCGUUCGCCUCGCAGGGGUCCAACCUGGGUGACAUCAUAACGGCGAAGCUGAAGAAACCGAUCGGAUUCAAGGGGGCGCCCCUGUUCGCGGACGACCGGGCCGUCAACCCGGAGGCCGACUUUGCCUGUUCCAUCAAGCAGGACCGGAAAGACCCCAGCGAGCUCAGCUUCGACCUCAAGAUCACCGACUUCACACGGUGCGGCGUGCUGAAGAGGAAUGGGUUUGUCCACGUACGGAUCUGGUUCCCACAGUUCCCAUCCGUUGUGAUGCAGUCCGAUCAGGAGCUGAUCAUCAUGUGUAAGCCACCAGAGCCUACAGUUAUUCAAAAUAAGGCCGCUGGAUUUGCUGGUAGUUUCCCCCAUGGAGCACGUGUCUCCGGUGUUGUCGAAGAAACUCCAGGCCGUCUGGAAUACGAAGUAGCGCUGUACAAGGAAGCUCCCCCGAUUGCUCGAAUUGCCGGCAUGAAGAAUCACUCGUCUAACUCUUUGCCUUCGGUUACCAACAAUGAGGUACCUGUGGAUCAGGCUGUUCCAAUUGGAACGAAGCUACAACUACGGGCUCGUAUCAGUGCCCAAAGCGUUUGGAAGUACGUCAAACUGUUGGAAGUGACAGUUUCACCAGACCCAGAUGACCCACAUGCUUCCGGAUCUGUGUCUCUGGUUCGCGAUGGUUGCCGCAAUCGUGACUUUGCCUCGAUCAUUCCACAUCAACCAGCGCGUUAUCGCGAUAAACCCAAUGAAGUCUUUCUGGACUUUGAAGCAUUCCUUCUCAGUUCGAUGAAGGAACGUAGCACACUGUGGAUUCAUUCCCAGAUCAAGGCCUGCAUGGACGCGAUGGAUUGCCAACCGGACUUCUGCUUGGAUCUCUAUGAGCCAACCAAGCGAAAGGGUCUUGGAAGACGUCGUCGCUCUGCAGGAGAGGUAGCCUACGGUAACCUCCUAUCCAUGAUCGGACACGAUCGGUUCCGGCGGGCUGCCCUGAAUACGACCGAGUUCACCAAGUUCAAGGAAAAUAUCGAAUACACCGUGAUCAUGCCCGGUCAGUACGACGACCUGAGGUACAAGGAAGUGCCCGAUCAGUGCAAGAACUUUGUAAUGAUCUCCGGACUGCUAGCUGGAUUGCUGGCACUGUCGACAAUUAUUACCUGCGGAUUAGCAUCGCGACUUCAAGGUAACGGGAAGAAGUCCUCGAUAGAUGAACUCAACGUCAAAGGCUACUCCGGCCGGGCAAUCGUUCAGUGAUACAAACGAUCCUCUUCCUCCCAAUCAACCAUUCAAUCCAUAACCAAGACCCAAAAUAUCACAUCAAAGAAACCCCCUUAUCCCUUGUUAUCCAGUAAAUCACCCAUAGACAACUAGACAUGAGCGCUACAGAAAACUGUAUAAACUUAAGAAGCUAGACAAAACAAAUACUUAGAUCGUAAGGUGUAGCACCGAUUUUAGGCGAUGAAGAAGAAAAACUGGCAACACUGUAGAAUGAGCCCAAUUUUUAAACAAUCCUGUGUUCUCGAACCAAAAAAAAACUCCUAUUUAAAAAUUGGGCUUACCAGUUGCGGAACCAGUGCUGCGUGUAGAAAACAAAAAAGUAAACGCAAGAGAGUAAUAGCAUUCGCACACAACGCACAACGUAGACUGCAUUUUAAGUCUUUUAGAACAGAACAGAACGAUUACGAGUCGUUAUUGCGAGAAUCUAGCGGCUGGGCAGCAGUGGCCUGCGGAAGCAUUUAAUGUUAUCGGAUAUUUAUUGAUAUUUUCUUUGUAAGGAUUAUUUUAACUGGCCUGUCUGCAAGUUCGUGCGUAGGGUGCCUGUGCGUGUGGAAGCUUUCCGGAGGUGGAGUAAAUUGUACAGUGAUUUUAUUCGUAAAUAAAUAGUUGAGUUUAAAUAAAAUG